AUGGCGGAGCAGCUCGCUAAGCGCCUCGACGGUUUCGACCAGCCUACGGUCUGGCACGAGUUUACUCCUCUGGCUUUGGAACACAAAGCGAUCAAUUUAGGACAAGGGUUUCCGGACUGGCGCUGCGAGGAUUUCGUCAAAAAAGCGGCCAAGGAUGCACUCGACGCUGAUUUCAACCAAUAUGCGCGUCCUCAAGGCCACAAGAAACUUGUGGAGGUGCUGGCGAAGCAAUAUUCUAAGGAACUGAAGCGCGAGAUCAACUGGGCCAAUGAGGUUGCAGUGGGUGUUGGCGCAACUGAGACCAUCUACGCCGCCAUCAACUCGUACGUAGAGUCUGAAGACGAAGUGGUCGUGUUCGAACCGGCCUUCGACAUUUAUUCUGCUCAGGUGCAGAUGGCAGGCGGUAUAUGUCGCUUUGUGCCACUACCCGUGCGUGUGAGCGACCAAACAGGUGCCAAGGAAUUUUACGUCGACGAGCCAACGCUGGCGGCGGCCUUUUCGUCAAAGACCCGUGCCGUAAUCCUUAAUAACCCGCACAAUCCGACGGGCAAGGUGUUUACGGAGGAAGAACUGGAACUUGUUGCCAAGUAUGUGCGCCAGUACCCACGCGUACUUAUUAUUUCAGACGAAGUGUAUGAACACAUUGUGUUCGAUGGUAAGAAGCAUGUGCGGAUUGCCAACAUGGAUGACAUGUGGGAGCGCACGCUAACUGUCUCGAGCGCCGGAAAGACCUUUUCGGUGACUGGUUGGAAGGUGGGCUGGGCUAUUGGCCCUAGCAAUCUGAUCAAGGGCGUCUGUCUUGCCAACAACUGGAUCCAGUUUAGCGUCGCGACGCCAUUACAGGAGGCAGUCGCAAACAUGUUGGAGCUCGCAGAGAAGCCGUACAAGGAAUAUCCUACCUUCUACGCUUUCGUUGCUGAUCAGUACAAGCAAAAACGUGACCGUCUUACUCGUGCGCUGGUGGAUGUGGGCAUCGUCCCGAUCACGCCUGGCGGUGGCAUCUUUCUGUACUCGGAUAUUUCUGCCGUGAAGGUGCCCGAAAAUUUUGUCCAGCCCAACAUGACGCAUGAUUGGGCAUUUUGCCGGUGGCUUACUAUCACCAAGGGCGUGACAGCAAUCCCGACCACUGCGUUCUUCUGUCAUGAAAAUAAGGCGGAGGGCAGCCAGUGGGCGCGUUUCGCGUUUUGCAAGACUGACGAGGCCAUCGAAGAGGCCAUCAAGCGUCUUGCCAAGCUUCGCGAUCCAUAA